AUGACUCGUGCCACAGCGGCUACUGAUGCUGAGCACGAGGCACCAGCGGUCUCCGCGAGAAACGACAGCGAUAUCUGCUCACCAAGAGACCGCCGCAAUGCCCUUGCAGUAUUCGACGAAGCCAUCGAAAAGAUUCGCCAAGACAACCGCCUCGAGAUAAUUACGGAGGCCGACUACAAGAUCAGAGUGAUCUUGGGGAUUACCAAAGCGCAACCUUCUGCGUCUGUAUUCCAGAAUAAGAGCCAACUCGCUCCUAUAGACCCCCAGUAUGCAGAGCCACGUAUCGAAUGGCACGACGAUGCAUACAGCUAUCACACAUCUUUGAGGUUGCAGCAUUGGCGCAAGGACGGCUGGCCUGACUCGUUCCCUGAGAGGGCCAUUCGGAAAGAACGAACAAUGCAAGGGGAGCACAGAUAUUGGAAAGAUCAAGACUGGGCUGAGCCUGGAGGACUUAGUUGA